GAUAAAGGGAAAUAACUCAUUAUUUCAAGGGAAAAAAUAAUGAGCAGUAUUGUCAUAAAAUAGGACGUUAAGGUAAUAGUCCUAGAUUUAAAUUAACAUAAAAUACUCAGUUGUAGUAUGGAGACUAAAAAUAUGCAUCAUUUAAAGUAAAACAGAUUAUGUCAUCGAGAUUCACAGAAUUGUACAAAAAGAAAAAAGGAAAGAAGUCUAAACAUUUGGAGGACUCCAUAACCAAAGAUGAGAAACAUAUAGAAACAGUAAAGAAAAUACAAAAAAAUCAAAGUCGUGGUAAAACCUUAAAAGGACAAAGUGAAAAGAAGCAUGAGAAUCAUUCCUUAGAUCAAUUAAAAUUGUCUGAGAAGAAACAAAAGAAAAAUAAAAGAUCUGAGACUGGAAUUGAGAAGUCAUUUAAUGAUUCAAAAGCUGAAGCUACACCCAGUUCAAAGAAAAAGUUGAAAACUGAACCAACAAAUCCGUGUAAAUCCAAAGUUAAGACUGUAGCUGUUUCAAAAAUUAGUAGGAAAGAAAACCAGAUUCACAAAACUGACAAGAAAUGUAAAGAAUAUCAGAAAAGUAAGACUGGAAAAGUAGAAUCUCGGAAGACAAAACAAUCAUCAAGAUGGAAAACCAAACAUAAGCAGAAUACAAAUAAUAUGGCAUCCUGCAGUUCAAGUUGUGAAGGGUCCACUUAUUUUUCUGAAAAUUCUCUCAUUAAUCCACGAAGUUCAUCACAAAACAAACAUCAUAAUAACCACAGAAGUUGUUCCACAAAACUUCCAGGAGAUGAAAGCAGAGAAAAACAAGACAUGCCUGAUAUCCUUUUAAAAGUAUAAUUAACAUUGAAGUGA